GGCUCACUCACUCCACGGCAGUCGACGAGCGAGGUCUCUCCCGACUUGUCUCCCUCAAGGCCACCACGCGACGUGCUCGACACCCAUCUCGUGUUCCGGAAGCAGCAGCAGCACGCCCGCGCAUCCGGGCCCCUUCUUGCUGUGUGUACUCCCUGAUUUGACACGUGCUGAAACUUCGGAAAGAUUCACUUGAAAAGUAACGAGGUUCAAGGCGGAGACUACAACAUGAUGAAGCUCCUCCUGAUGGUGGCGGCGGCGGUGGCGGUGUCAUCGUGGAUCGGCGGCGGCGAGGUGAUGGUGGCAGCCCAGUCUGGCGGUAGUGCUCCCGUCGUUUUCAGCGAUGCAGUGAGUUGGCGUGGCUACAUAAGAGGCCUUGGCUACAUGAGAGCCGCGCAGUCUUCCGAAGAGGAUAUUCGAAGAAUCAACUAUCUGCCGAUGCCCGAACUGAUCACGAAGACGCGCCCCUCCUGCCUUGAGUCCAACACCAUCGGGGGCGACCUGUGCGAAGAGGACCCGGAGUACGAUGAGCGGAUCAAGCAGCGCGUGGCCACACUCAUGGAAAGGAACCAAGGAGUCCACGCCUUGUUAAGCGACCCUUCUCUCAAAGACCUCCUUGUUGACGUGGAACCGGAGCCGAGGGUGAACGUUCGCUUCGGCGGGGACUCCGAGACUCCUGUGUGUUCUGCCCAGGAGACCCUCAUCUACCCGAAACGCGCUAAGACGCCCAAUGAUGAGUGGGUGUUUGUGCUGAACCAAGAAGGCGUGCAGCAGGCCCUGAGGGUGGAGAAGUGCACCAGCGACGGCUCGCAGUGCCUGGGGAUGGUGCUGCCUAACGGGGGCACAGCCACCUGCCGUCAGAAGCAUGUAUACCGCCGACUGCUGGUCCUCGGCACCAACCAAAUUGAGCCAGAACAGGUGUUGAUGCCUUCCUGCUGCGUCUGCUACACCACAUACCAAGAACUGGUGACUCGUAUCGGAAACAACACGAGGGGCCUCAAGCCCGCUCCUGUCGUCCCACCCAUGGACGCUCCUGUUGCUCCGGCAAUGCCCACCUCGUCUGGCCCAGCUACUGCACCACUGGCCGGUCAUACUCACUUCUUUCCGAUGCCUCUGAGAUUCAGCAGGUCAAACAGGAGGUCUGCAAGAAUCUCGUACCCAUUCGGCAAACGUUGAAGAGUUCUACCCCUGUCCCUUGGCCCUCUCCCUUCCCUCCCUUAAGAGAAGCACAAUAAUCCAGUACUUACGGCUGUGUGUGUGUGUGUGUGUGGGUGUGUGUGUGUGUGUGUGUGUUAACAAACAGGUCUAACAAAUCCGCGUAAUCACCAAGCUCUGUUAUCAUCUGUAGUUCCUAUGUUGUCUGUUUCGUGGAGGUGAUGCAGAGAAAAAGUACAGUACUCAUAGAUAGCGAAGUUAGGAAAAACAAUAUUAAUAGCAGAAUUACUUGUGCGGAAAGUGAAUUAAGGAAUGGUCAGACAAGAGCUCGUGCAGGCAGGAAGCACAAAGCAACACAGGUGCCUGCACGCGUCUGCACGCCAUUUGCUGUCCGCCUGGAAGCACUUAUGAAAUUCUCGGGGGAAGAAAGAGCGCACAUUCAAAUUGUAUGUUGUCUUGAUGUCGCUUUCUUUUUGUUUGUUUGUUUGUUUGUGUGUUUUAGCCGGCCAACAGAACUACUGAGUUGCUUUUAGGCUUUCCAUUUGUUAUGCUGCGUGUGGGCAAGGGAGACCCGGCCGUGGAAUAAAACUCAAGAUGUCCUCCAAACACACAAAGUCCUGAACGCUACAUUGUAUUAGUUUUAUCAAUUGGUGUAUCUGGAUCUGGUGAUAUUGAAUAAAUGAGUAAUUUUUAACAGAAA